GGACACACGGGGGCGGCCGCCCGGCGGGAGGAGCCCUCCCGCGACGGGAACCACCCCCCGCGGGGAGAGCCGCCGCGGGGGAAGGGGUGGGGAGAUGGUGACAGGUCCAGGAAGCUGCUCCGGGUGCCGAGAGACGCCGAGAGGCAGCAGCCCGCUGGGUGGCAGCUGGCACGUCGCCAGCCGCGGCGCCGCGAUGGGCUCCCCGCAGCCCCCGCCGCUCGCCCACGUCUUCAGGGGCACCUUCGUGCACUCCCGCCGCGCCGCGCCCAUGGAGGUCCUCCACGGCCACCUGCUGGGGGUGGACGAGAGCGGGAAAAUUGUGUUUUUGGAGAAAAAUGAUCAGCAAGAGCAACUGGCUAAGAAGUGGGGAUUCAAAACAUCUGACAUAAGAGAACUGAGUAAUCAUGAAUUCUUCAUGCCAGGAUUGGUUGAUACACACAUUCAUGCACCUCAGUAUUCAUUUGCUGGUACAAGAGUAGAUCUACCUCUUUUGCAGUGGUUAACUACCUACACAUUCCCAACGGAAGCCAAAUACAAAGAUAGUGAUUUUGCAGAAGAAGUAUACACCAGAGUUGUUAGACGAACUCUGAAGAAUGGCACCACUACAGCUUGCUACUUUGCAACAAUUUACACAGAUACUUCUCUUCUCCUAGCUGAAAUUAUAGAUAAAUUUGGUCAACGAGCAUUUGUUGGCAAAGUCUGCAUGGAUAUGAAUGACAGUGUUCCACAAUACAGAGAGACUACUGCUGAUUCUAUUCAAGAGACAGAAAGGUUUGUUAAAGAACUGCUAGAAAAGAAAUAUCCAAGGGUACAGCCCAUAGUAACUCCUCGCUUUGGCCCUUCCUGCUCAGAGGAUUUGUUGCGUGCACUUGGCAAUUUUGCCCAGGCUCAUGAUCUCCAUGUACAGAGUCACAUAAGUGAGAAUGAAGAAGAAAUCAAAGUUGUGGAGAACCUGUUUCCUGCCUAUCAGAAUUACACUGAUGUGUAUGAUAAAAACAAACUGCUUACCAGCAAGACAGUGAUGGCCCAUGCCUGUUAUCUUUCUGAAGAAGAACUGAAACUUUUUAACCUUCGUGGAGCUGCAAUUUCACAUUGCCCCAGUUCAAAUUUUUCGUUGUGCAGUGGUAUCUUAAAUGUACAAAAGGUUCUGAAACACAACGUGAAGCUUGGCCUUGGCACAGAUGUUGCCGGUGGAUAUUCAGCUUCCAUGCUUGAUGCUAUCAGGAAAACAAUGAUGGCAGCUAAUACCCUUCAAGUUAAUAAAGUGAACGAAACAGGACUAACUCUUAAAGAGGCUUUUCGAUUAGCAACCCUUGGAGGAAGCCAAGUUCUAGGACUAGAAGAUGUGAUUGGAAACUUUGAAGUUGGCAAAGAAUUUGACGCACUGCUAAUCAACACAAAGGCUUCAGACAGUCCUUUUGACUUGUUCUCUGCUGAUGCUUUUGAGGAUACCCUCCAGAAGUUUCUGUAUCUAGGUGAUGAUCGGAAUAUUUCUGAAGUAUAUGUGUCUGGAAAGCAAGUGGUUCCUUUUUCAAGUUCGGUAUAAAUCCAUUUCCCUUCUGCAGAGCAUUCCACUGAUCAUUCUGCAUCUGAUUUGGAAAAGAUUGGUUAAACACAGUGCCUGAUUAUCAGGAAUGACACCUCAUUUUUUGUUUAAUGUUUCAAAACUUGCAAAUGUUAGAAAAUUUGUUAGACCUUUGAAAAGUUACUUUGCCAAAACUGUCGCAGUUAUAAGAGGAAAAAGGCAUUUAAAUUUCUCUAUGAAAAUAGCGUGUAUGCACUGAUAAGAGAUUUGAUAAAUAUCUUUAUUAAAUAGGACAGCUGCUGUUCCUUUUAUUAAUAGUGUAGGAAGUAUUAAGAUGAGCAAUGAAACUUUCCUUGUCUCUUAAGCAUUUUAAUUUCAAGAAACCAAACAACCCAGUACUAGUAAAUCUAUUUUGCAAAUACUGAAUGUCAUGGAAUAGUGCAAUUUCCUUAAUAUUAUCACUGAGUAUGUGAUAAUAUAAACUUAGUGGCAUUUUGGGGCAUUUAAAACAUUUUCCGGUUUUCUUUAGGUGCUUAAUUUUUAAAAUAAUGAUUCCAUUUAAAACAUUAUUUUUAUUAAUAGAAAUAAAAUAAGAAGUGUGUAUUUAUAAAUAAAUAAGAGUCCUUAUUCUCAAAGAGUUAACACUUGUCAUUAAUACUUAGAUGGAAGAGGGCUGGUGGAUGAGCCAUGUGAAAAACGUGUGGUUGAUCAGAUAGGCCCAAGCUGGGAGAGCCCAAGGGCUGUAUUGUUCUGUGAUUCUAUGAACUGAAACUCUCUACUCCUCGGUUUUGUUCUUAAGUCCAGAAGCAGUCAACCUGAUCUUGCACCAUUUUUGUACCGGUUCCCCUGAAUUACCUUUGGGGGAGUGACAGCUGAACGAAACUUGUGUUAAAUCAGAAGCAAGCACUAGGACAUCUGCGUGGGCUAUUCCGUGGUAAAUAAAUGAAUAGGGUGUUUUUUAGGCCGGAGGGAGUGCUUCAUCUAGUUUAACCUCCUGCAGAACCUUCCCAAAUUCUUUUGCUUCUAACUAUUGAGACUAUGGAUGAUAUGAUGUCCCUUCACCUUUCUAUAAGAGAAAUGAGUAGGUUUUAAAAAAAAAAAAAAAAAACUAGAAAUGGAUUAUCCCUGGCUGCUACCACUUUUGACUUGAGGUGGAAUUUCUUAUUAGAGAAAGCAGCAGCUCAGCUUUAAAGUGCCCUUUUGUGUCUUUCGCCACUGAAGGAAUCAUAAUUGCAGCCCUGUACAAUUCCAGGUAAAAAAAAAAUUGCCUUUUUUAUUUUGGAAGUCUGUGUGACUUCCUCUCUUAAAAAAAGCAUACUUCCCUAUUUUUUUUAUCUGAGCCUUUUUUUUUCUUGGGGGAUUAGUUGGGAGGUUGCUUCCUGUUGCUCGAUUUACUGUUUUUGCAACACAAAGGGUAUAAGCUUGAAUUUCAGUGCCAAUAGAGACAACAUUGUACAGAGUUACCAUAAUCAUGUAUUGAAUAUGAUUUUAAGGCCUGCUUCAAAUUCCUUUGAUUGCAUUGAGCUUUGCUUCACACUUUUACCUCUCUGCCUGAUGGUGUAAAGGCGCAAGACUUUCUUGUGUUCGUGAAACGGGGGAGGUAACUGCAUGAAAGUUUCCCUUCAUGUUUACUUCCCAGAGGAUGGUUGGCCCAAUAUCACUAAAAUCUUGAUCUGAUUUUAAAAGCAUACUCAGAGCUUAUGUAUGAUCAAGGUUAGGCCUACGUGGGAUGGUAUAGAACCAUGUAGAAGUAUUCAAGCUAGCUUAUGCACUGAAGGCAGUAUAGUCUGUCUAGUGCGGUGUUUUGCCUAAGCUGAGUAGCCCUGCUGAAGAGCAUGGUAUAUUGGCUUGCAGACACCACUCUAAUGCAGCAACGCUGCUUGCUCAUUUAGAGCUAGCUCAGAUCUCUUCGCAUGUCACUGUGCUGUGCCAUAUGUGUGCUCAAGUAUAGUCUUAGUAUCCAUUAUAUUUAAUCAUUCCUAAGGUCUUAGGAGUUAAGGUUUAAGGAUUAAGAUUUUCACAUUCAGUCAGAGUGCUUUUCCUAACAGUUCUGGUUUUCAUAUGUCCCAAUCUCUUCCAAGUAACAAAAUUUCUUGGCGGAUACAAUCUUCAGUUCUUUGACUUCGUUUCCUGAUUCAGAGAACAUUUUUCCUCACAAUUUUUGACAUGGAUUUAAUUGACCAUAUUUCACAUUCCAGAACCAAAGAUCUGUGGUACUCAUGUUUUAAUCCUCCUGGUUACUGUUUGAAACUAUUUUUAGGAAGUUGCGUGGUUUUCAGCUUUGGCUUUCCUGCAGGAAUGUAUUCUGGGAUGGAGAAAGAUUACACAGCCCUGUGUGCUAUAUAUGUUUGUGCCACACUACUUUGCUUCCAGAGUUAUGAAUUAAAUCAACACUUUUAUUUUAGUGGUAGUCCAAAUUGUGCCUGAUUUUUAUUGCUUUUCUGCAUUUUUGUAGUUAAGAAUGGGAUUCAGCUCUUUGUAAAUGAUUUGGGGGAAGGGAAGGAUUGCUUUUUUGCAAACUGGGAAUAUAAAAAAGCCUUUAACAAGCUCAACACUACCUCCUGCUGGCCAGGUUACAAAGGGACUCCCUAGAAUAACUUUGCCGAAGAAUUUUGUAUUUGAAUAUUGGCUGUGUAACGAGCAGUCUGAUUCUCAUUAAAUUCAGGCACAAGGUAGGAACUUAAGUAACUGAUUUUAGCUUUACUCGUAUCUGGUCAUUACUCAGACAUAGAACUGGAGAAUCAACUUUUCAAGAAUCUUAGCUGGAUGAGCAGCUCUGCCUGCAGGUAGUACCGUGUACUUUACACAGCACCAUGCAAUGCCCAGGAAAGGGAGGAGCAAGGACUAAGUUGAAUAGCAUCACACUAAACGCUAAGGUGCUUAGUGGCUCAGAAAAAUAAGUGUGAAUUUGAUGUGAGAGGAAGCCAGUGGAGCAAACUGGAAGGUUAUUUCGGCAGCAGCAUCUUACAUAGAAUUGAAUGGACCAAGACUGUAAUGCCUGAAGUAGGGUCCUCUGAAGUGCUCCCAUAAGCUGGUUCUGUGGAAGACGGCUUAUGCCCAAAAUUUUAAGGUUCCAGGGGAUCCUUUGUGAUGCAGAGGAUAUAGUAGCGGGACUUUUCAGAAACAAUUUUGGGAAAGUCACUGAGGAUCCCGCUUGGAAGUAUUAAUCCUUGGGAGACUCUGACUAUGUGUACAUUGUCAAGUUAUUUGGUGCAGUAGGAGUGGAUCCGUAGAUGAAAGAAGUUACUGCUGAGACUGAUACACCUACCCUGUAUACGGCUUCUGACUAUAUUAGUCCAAUUCCCUGGAUAUAUGUCCCCACUGCAUGUGUGGUUUGAAGCAGGCUAAGUAAUUGGUUCAGACUCUGAAUGUCUCUGUUGGAGGUUGGAGUGCACUUGGCAUGCAUCUGAGCCUCCAGUGUAGUCUCCUCCAAAUGAAACGAAAUCCUUGUGCAUCAAAACCACUCUGCAAACUGAACCAAUGUUCAGUAAGUGAGCAUGAUUGGGAAAUUCACUUCAAAACGGCACUACUGCCUCUAAUCAAAAUGCUCAUGGAGGCUAGGCCUUCCACUCUUUUCCCGCCAUCCUCAUUGGAACAAAACUGAUUAGCAGACAAUAAAUCAAAGCAAUCUCCUUUUUUCUUCCUUCCUCUUUUGAAAAAAUGUGAAAAUAAGGCAACAAAAUGCUAAGGGGAGAUGAGUAAGUAGAAGAAAAGAUAAGGCUGAUUUCCAGUCAGUAUAAAUCGACAUAGUACCGUUGACUUUAGCUAAGCAUCUGGCCCUCAAAAUACCAGUGUAAGAUAAAACCUCUGGAAAAAUGUACACCCAACUGUUUCCAGAUGUCACUCCCCAUUAGUUCUCUUGCCGAAUUGUGGAUGGGAUCUUUGUUUUGUAAUGUGUCUUUGUGUUCGAUGUCAGCACGCCAUUCAGACAAAGAGGAAAAAAAAAAGGGUAGUUUGGAAAGCUUGCUUGUUGGGACAAUAUACUUAAUGUGCUCUAUGUUCAGACCAGCACUUAUUUAUUAUAAAUGGAAUCUAUUUGAAUUAUUUUUGUAUGUUGAUCUCAUUGUGUCACUUUAGUUUUUGAUUAUUAAUGAAAUGGUACUAAGUAUCGCCUGUGCAUUAUGCAGCAUUAUUUGAAUUAUUCAUGUGUGGCAAGUGGAGUUCUGCACUUUAAAAUGUUGCCUUGGCCUAAUGUUUAUAUUUAUUCUGUGGUUUUUUGCAAACAGAAAGCUUUGUAGGGAAAAAAAAGUGUAUUUGUUCACUGUACUGAACAUUCUCAUUAUUAUAAGUGGAAUUUCUGCCAGAAGAAGAAAUGUUAAAAUGACCCUGCUUAAAAGUCUGUGCCUGAUUAUACACUCAUGGAUGAAAAGUAUAACGGUUUUAUGAAAGCUGACAUGAAUAGUAAUGUUUUAAUUAAAAAAUACUUAGAGAGAUAGGUUUUUACUUUAAUCAUGGUUAUGCAAUGCAGAUUAACAAAAGCCAAAUCAUUCUUGCUAAACAUCUACCAUUCUACUGAGCAAACAAGAAUAUAACCAUUCUUGUUUAUAUACUAAACAAGAAUACAUGUGUUAUUUUGAAAAAUAAAAAGCCUAAGUUUUUUCAAAGAGUAUCCCAGCUUUAAAAAUAAGAUAUUAACAACAUUGCUCAGACAAGCCGUUUAAAAUGUUGUUUUAAGCAUUUCCAGAAAUAAUCCAUAACAAAUGACAAGGUGACUAGUUUUUAAUACAAUACUUGGUGCUGCCUUAUCUGCAGCCCUGUGUGUAGUAGUGGCCAAUGCAUCUCUAAAAUGAUGGUGCACAACUAGAAGACACUUCAAAAAAGUCAAGGGAUUUUGAGAAUUUGAGAAGGGCCUGGAAAAAACUUAAUCUGGAAAGAGAUUAAAAGAGAGAGGUAGACAAGAGAAGGGUGGUAGCAGAAUACAAAGUAAUGCAAAAUAGAAAGAAGCUAGAUCAGAGGAGCUCAUAUGAAAAAGAGGAUGAAAUUCCAGGUGGGAAAUACAAUGUUAAGGAAAAAAAAAAAAAACUUUUUCAAGCAACAUUCAGUUAAAUCAGGGACACCAUUCCUUCUCAAAGUCAUUGAGGCCCAACAACUGAACAGAUUUCCGAAGGGAAACAGUCAUCUAUAUGCAUAAUUCCUUUCCUGCCGUGCUCCUUGUGGUGCAGGGAUGACCGAGUUCCCCACAAGAACACAGGUAUCUAAUGUGACCGGAGUUCUCGAAAAUAAGCUGUUUUAAAAAGCAGAUCAUUCUGAACCUCAGAACACUGCAGAGAACACAGCACAUUUUAAAUUACGCGAGCAUAUGUCUAAUACUGAACUUCUGGGUACUAAGAAUUUGGUCAAAAGUUUUUUUAAGCGCUUGUACUGCACGUGCAAGGACUUCUGCUUCUCUCAACAGAGAAGCUAGCAAAUCACAUCUGCAAGGCUCUCUGCACAUCUGCACACACAUGCGCACGCACGCACACAUGUUGGGCAACGAGAAGGACAUCAUCUGUUGUUUGAAGUUAAAGUUAGUUUUUCUCAAAAGGCUGAGCAUUUUUUUCGGAGGGCAGUUUCCUGGAAAUCUCAGUGGAAGCUUUUUCUUGGAAAAUGCACUGAAUCAGAGCCUGCUCUGACCAGUGGGAUCCCCUCUGGCUUUGGCAGUGUCAGUCUUGUGCACAAGGAAUGCAAUAGUCAUACCUAGACUCCCCGGUCAGGAUUCAGACUUGUGUAUUCAAUUUAAUUCUGGCUUUAGUUCCUGAUUUCUCAUACCAUUCAUUUUAAUUUGAAAAUAACAAUUCUGAAUGAGUACAGUUGGGAGCAAGAUAAGCCUCAAUUAUCUUAUACCCGUAUAUAUCUUAUACAGGAUCUUAUACCCGUCCACCUAAUGCUUCAACUCAAAGGAUUUGUCUGCAUCAAGAAGCUGCUACUGUGUUUGCGCAGCUCUUGCGCUCAGUGAUUUGGUUUAAUGACUUGAGUCAGCCAGUAACAAUUAAAUUCAGGCAAGACCAGGAUGUAAACUGUGAGUAGCUGACAUGAACAUAAAAAUGUUUUAUCUUGGUCUGCACUUAAGUCGCCAAAGGCUUUGCUUAGCCAAGUGGUCCUAGGCGCAUUUAGAUACAAAAACUCCCUGGAGAUGAGCCGUCAGUGGAAGGGACUAGCGCUGGCAGCAACUGAAGGCUUCAGCCUCCAUGUCUUACUUGACCUUGUGGCUUCUGAGCUGCAUUAGACAUUCCUUUAAAGGCUUUUACCGAUGAAGCUUUUAAGAAGCAGUUGCACAUAGACCUUAGCUGAGGAAGGUUGUGGCAGGAACUCUGUCAACCUUUGCUUCGAGACAACCUUCUUUCCCCAAGGGAGACUUGACAUCUCCCUGGCGUGAGCUUUACCAGUCUGGUCCUUGGUUGUCUGCUUAUCACCUGUUGUGUGUAGGGUCUGGUUCCUUCUUUCGUGAAAAAUACCUAUCUGGAGUUACAUUGUGGAGUUCCUCCUUCCUGUUGUGCUCAUGUAUAUUUUAAAGGAGGAACAAUAUAUUUGGAAUAACAGUAUAUGCAAUUUGCACUGUUCUGCUUGUUUUUGAUUGUGCUAAAUGGGAACUUAUGUACUGUUGAAACAAAAUAAAGAGGCCUUGUGUUUACAUUAA